CUCGGUAUAAGCCCACUUCGAUAUCCUUAUUAACUAGCUUAAUGCGACUUGGACGCGCGCAUGCCCCGACUGCUCCGGCACUUCGCCGCUCUUAGCCUUCUUUCAACUUUCAAGGUCACCCUUCAACUGUUCAACGGGCAGGUGGAAAACCCCCCGAAGCUGAACGAAACGGAGAAGUCCAUCCUGGUUGAAGCGCGCGCGGAGACGGUCUCCAUGCGCCAUCUAUAUAAGAUGAAAGCUGUGGCCUCGUUCUACCUCUCCGAAGGUUUAAACACUGUGCCUGAAUGGGCGCGCCCACUUUGGGGUUUGCGAUUCAGCACAAUAUCGAAUUGUGGCUACCAUCACCAAUACCACCCCGAUGAUGUUUGAUGAAGUGCGUCCUCUGCAUCUCUGAUGAGUUCACAACCGACAUUGAGCGGCGUGGUAAUUUGAGCAGCCCUGCGGCGUCGCAUUUUCCUUUUUCGAACACAAUUUUCCGCCGC